AUGGACACCGGAAGAGACGGAUCUUCUCUUAAGAGAGUCCCAGUUGCUGCAUGGGACACUCAUCACCAUAUCUUCGAGCCAGAUCGCUUCCCCUUCGCUGAAGGUCGACAUUUCACUCCCUCUCGGGCAUCUUUUGAGCAGCUGAAGAGUUUCGAAGAGUCGAUUGGGGUAGAGCAUGUUUGCAUCGCCCAUGGUUUUUCCUAUGGUGCAGAUUGCACCUCGCUGCUUUAUUAUUUAGAGCGCUUCGCUGGUCAUGCGCGAGGAAUCUGUGUCUUGGAUCUUGAUACUGUAACAAAUGAGUUACUUGAUCAGUAUCACACGGCUGGUGUUCGUUCCAUUCGUCUAGACUUUUUCCGCCACAAUGCCAUUGACAGCGUUGAUGUGCAAGCUCGUCUGAUGAAACAGACAGCUGAGCGGUUAGUUCAGUGGGGAAAGCCUGGUUGGAGCAUUCAAAUUCAGCAACCCCAUCUUGACUUCUGGCCUCGCCUAAGCGAAGUGAUUCGACAAAGUCCAAUCCCAGUCGUUGUGGAUCACUUCGCCCUCGUUCCAGCGAGCAGCUAUCGACUCAAUGACGACACUGCGAAUAUUCAAUCUGACUCUUUCCUCAGUGUGGAUGAGCGACUUGGACUUGACGCACUCUGUCAAAGUCUUUCAGGGGGUAAUUUAUGGAUCAAAAUUUCCGCCCCAUACCGAGGCUCGAACCUUGCUCCUGAAUACUCUGAUUUAGAGUGGCUCGUGCGCCGUCUUGUCCAUGCCAAUCCAAGAAGAGUACUAUGGGGAAGUGAUUGGCCCCAUACGCAGCGUCAUAAAGACCGGAUUGGAAAGAGCGCAACAAGUGAAGAAUCAUUCUUGCAGAUUGAUAAUAAGGCGUGGAUUGAAUCACUGAGUCGUUGGAUGUCCGAAGAAGAAUGGAGGCUGAUGUGGGUCGAGAAUCCCGCCACGCUGUAUGAUUAUCCGAUUCAAAAGUAA